AUUUUUGGAUAAUUUGAGUACUGUAAUAUUGAAAAUUUACAAAGUGUGUUUGCAAUACUAAUAGAAAAUAUGCCAACAACAGCCUUGGUAUUUUUUGUUAACGGAAAAAAGGUUACGGAGAAUAAUCCAGAUCCUGAAUGUACACUUCUUACUUAUCUACGUGAUAAACUGUUUUUAUGUGGUACGAAAUUAGGUUGCGGAGAAGGAGGAUGUGGUGCAUGUACCGUUAUGAUAUCACGCAUUGAUCGAAACACAAAUGAGAUUCGACAUUUGGCAGUCAAUGCCUGUCUUACGCCAGUAUGCGCAAUGCACGGUUAUGCCGUAACUACUGUUGAAGGUAUCGGUAGUACGAGAACACGUCUUCAUCCUGUACAGGAACGAAUAGCUAAAGCGCAUGGCAGCCAAUGUGGUUUCUGUACACCAGGUAUUGUCAUGUCAAUGUACGCAUUACUUCGCAGUUCACCACAGCCUACAAUGAAGGAUUUGGAAAUUGCAUUUCAAGGUAAUCUUUGUCGUUGUACCGGUUAUCGUCCAAUUUUGGAAGGCUACAAAACAUUUACUAAAGAAUUUUCAUGUGCAAUGGGUGAUAAAUGCUGUAAAAUGAAUGGGAACGGAGAUGGAAAUGGAAAUAGUUGUAAUGGCAACAGUAGCAAUAAUGUUGAUGAUAAGCUUUUUGAAAAAAGUAAAUUUCUACCUUUUGAUCCCAGCCAGGAACCUAUUUUUCCACCCGAAUUGCAGCUUAACACUGAAUUUGAUUCAAAUAGUAUAGUUUUUAAAAGCCCUCGUGUGAGUUGGUAUCGUCCAGUUGAGUUGGAAGAACUACUUCAAAUCAAAGCACAAAAUCCAAAUGCGAAAUUGGUAGUUGGCAAUACUGAAGUGGGAGUCGAAGUGAAAUUCAAACAUUUACUUUACCCAGUACUGAUUAAUCCAUCUAAAGUGAAGCAAUUAAAUGAAAUAAAAGAACAGGAAGACAGCAUUUAUUUUGGUGCUUCUGUUAGCUUAAUGGAUAUUCAAAACUAUUUACAAGAUCUUAUCACUAAACUUCCGGAAUAUCAAACUCGAUUUUUCAAAUGUGCUGUGGAGAUGUUGCACUAUUUUGCUGGUAAGCAGAUACGGAAUGUUGCAUCAUUAGGUGGUAACAUUAUGACUGGAAGUCCGAUAUCUGACAUGAAUCCGAUUUUAACAGCUGGUACUGUUAAAAUGCUUGUAGCAGGUAUGGUGGAUGGUCAAUUAAAAACCCGAUAUGUGCACAUGGGAUCUGGAUUUUUUACUGGUUAUCGUAAAAAUAUUAUUGCACCACAUGAAGUUUUGAUUGGAAUUUAUUUUCCGAAAACUUUACCAAAUCAAUAUGUAAUCGCCUUUAAGCAGGCACGCCGAAGGGAUGAUGAUAUUGCUAUUGUCAAUUCCGCCAUAAAUGUCUUUUUUAAACCCAACACAAAUAUUGUGGAUCAGAUUUUUAUGGCAUUCGGUGGAAUGGCUCCAACAACCAUUUUAGCACCACGAACAUCUGAAAUGAUGGUCAAACAAAAUUGGGAUCACGUGCUUGUAGAACGCGUCACGGAAAGUUUGUGUGCAGAGUUACCAUUAGAACCUUCAGCUCCAGGAGGUAUGAUUGCUUACAGGCGAUCUCUAGUAGUCAGUUUGUUUUACAAAUCAUAUUUGGUCAUAAGUCAAAAACUAGUAAGUGCCGGCAUUAUACCAUAUAACAGUAUAUCUGAUGAGGAAUGCAGUGGUGCAGAAUCUUUCCACACACCUAUAUUAAAAAGUGCACAGUUAUUUGAACGUGUCAGCUCCGAACAGUCUAUAUGUGAUCCAAUCGGUCGACCCAAAGUGCAUGCUGCUGCAAUGAAGCAAGCAACUGGUGAAGCCAUGUAUUGCGAUGAUAUUCCACGUAUGGAGAAUGAGUUGUAUUUGGCACUUGUACUUAGUACGAAAGCGCAUGCAAAGAUUCUUUCCAUUGAUGCAACAGAAGCAUUGGCAAUGGAUGGAGUGCAUGCAUUUUACUCUAGUAACGAUAUUAGUGAUAACGAAAAUGUUGUAGGGCAUGUUAUUCGUGACGAAACUAUAUUUGCUAUCGACAAGGUUUAUACUGGGGGGCAAGUAAUAGGUGCAAUUGUUGCAGAUAAUCAAAAACUUGCUCGGGAAGCUGCUAAGCUUGUACAAAUAGACUAUGAAGAUAUAUUACCCAGAAUUAUCACUAUUGAACAAGCAAUUGAGCAUGAAUCAUAUUUUCCUAAUUAUCCACAAAUUUUGGAGAAAGGCGAUGUUGAUCAAGCUUUUAAGAAUUGUGCGCAUAUUUAUGAAGGCACCUGUCGUGUUGGAGCACAGGAACAUUUUUACUUAGAGACACAUGCUGCAAUAGCAGUUACUAGAGAUACUGAUGAAAUUGAGAUAUUUUCCUCAACACAACAUCCUUCCGGAAUACAAAAAUUAAUUUCUCAAGUUUUGUCAGUACCAGCACAUAGAGUUGUGUGCCGUGUAAAGCGUUUAGGAGGUGGAUUUGGUGGUAAGGAAUCACGCUGUGUAUCGGUAGCAGUACCCGUCGCAUUAGCUUGCUAUAGAUUACGAAGACCCGUGCGCUGUAUGCUUAAUAGAGAUGAGGAUAUGAUGAUUACAGGCACACGUCAUCCGUUCUUAUUCAAAUAUAAAAUUGGUUUUACAAAUGAGGGCCUUAUUACAGCAUGUUAUAUUGAAUGCUAUGCAAAUGCUGGAUGGAGCAUGGAUGUAUCAUUUGGAGUGCUUGAACGUGCUAUGGAUCAUUUUGAGAACUGUUAUCGUAUACCUAAUAUAAAAGUAGUCGGAUGGUUAUGUAAAACUAAUACACCUUCAAAUACAGCAUUUCGUGGAUUUGGAGCCCCUCAGGGGAUGUUCGCUGGUGAACAUAUGAUUCGUGAUGUGGCACGAAUUUUGGGAAAGGACUAUGUAGAUAUAAUGAAAUUAAACUUCUAUGAAACUGGUGAUAUCACGCACUAUAACCAAAAAUUGGACACGCUGCAAAUUAAUAGAUGUUUUGACGAAUGUUUAGAGCAAUCCAAUUUUUAUGAAAAACGAAAAAAGAUACAAGAAUUUAACAAAAGUAAUCGCUGGAGAAAGCGUGGUAUUAGUAUUGUUCCCACAAAGUAUGGAAUAUCAUUUGGUAUACCACAUAUAAAUCAGGCUGGAUGUUUAAUAAAUAUAUAUGCAGAUGGAUCAGUCUUAUUGGCACAUGGUGGUGUAGAAAUUGGACAAGGAUUACAUACAAAAAUGAUACAAUGUACUGCAAAAGCUUUAGGUAUACCGGCAGAUUUUAUUCACAUAUCCGAAUUCGCAACAGAUAAGGUUCCCAAUGCAACACCUACCGCAGCUAGCGUAAGUUCUGAUUUAAAUGGUAUGGCCAUUAUUGAUGCUUGUGAUAAAUUAAAUACAAGACUUAAAACUAUUAAGGAAGCGCUACCCACAGCCACUUGGAAAGAAUGGAUAAAUAAAGCAUAUUUUGAUCGUAUAAGUCUUUCAGCAACAGGGUUUUAUAGUACGCCAGACAUACACUAUGAUCCUGUGCGUCAACCAAAUGCACGCAAAUAUAAUUAUUUCACAAACGGUGUGGGUGUAACUGUAGUAGAAAUAGAUUGUCUAACUGGGGAUCAUCAGGUUUGGAGCACUGAUAUUGUUAUGGACCUUGGCUCCAGCAUUAAUCCCGCUAUUGAUAUUGGACAAAUAGAAGGGGCUUAUAUGCAGGGAUAUGGUUUAUUUACUUUAGAAGAGCUAAUAUAUUCACCACAAGGUAUAUUAUUAUCAAGAGGUCCAAGCACAUAUAAAAUUGCAGGUUUUGGUAAUAUACCAGCUGAGUUUAAUGUGAGUCUGCUUACUGGUGCACCGAAUCCAAGAGCUGUGUACUCAUCGAAGGCUGUGGGUGAACCGCCGUUAUUUAUAGGUGCUGCAGCUUACUUUGCUAUUAAGAAUGCUAUUUCUCAUGCACGUACAGAACGAGGUCUGAGCACAGACUUCACACUUAACGCCCCCGCAACAGCAGCAAAAAUUAGGAUGGCUUGCGAAGACAAUUUUACAAAAUUGAUUGAUGAACCCUUACCUGGUACAUAUACACCAUGGAAUGUUGAAUUAUAAAGAUCUACAUAUGGAUUAGGAUUUAUUUAGAAAUAAGACAAGAUUUUAAUGCUGUUUUGUUAUUAUUUAUGUCACUGUCAUGUGAAAGUGGGAGUACUUGUUGAGUUUAUAUUAUCGGUAAAAGUGUUAACAUAUAUGAAUAAAGAUAAGGUGUUGGCUUGUUUAGUAAAAUUUUGAAGACUACUUUCUUAUUAGAAUUGUAGAUUAAAUUAAAAGCUUAGAUAGAUUUUCUUAUUUCAUUAGUUAAAG